AUGGUUAUUGUAUUCUCAAAGAUCAGCCAAUCAUUAUUUACAGAUGACCGACGAGGAUCAGUGACAUCUGAUUCAAAGAAUGACCCGGCUAAGGGAACUAAAAUGUUCAUUGCUCAGAUCGUUAUUAUGGACCAUCCAGUCACUGAUGCAGGCACUGUCGGCCUGGCAUCAAGCAAACCAUUACGCAUUGAGACGUUUGCGGAGUGUUCACCACUAGGACGAUUUGCCAUACGUGAUAUGAUGCAGACAGUUCCGUUGGCGUGA